AUGCCUCCCCUUUAUCAACGGGAUCGCUUGGAUGGGAAGGGACUUUGGGGGUUAGUAAACAACGCAGGCAUUGGUUAUCUAGUUGGUCCCAAUGAGUGCCUGAGGAAGGAGGACUUCGCCAAAGUGCUGGAAGUCAACUUACUUGGGCUGAUUAACAUGACACUUCACAUGCUACCCCUGGUGAGGAGAGCCAGAGGGAGAGUGGUCAACUUGUCUAGUGUGCUGGGAAGACUGGCAAUCUCCGGAGGUGGGUAUUGCCUCUCCAAGUUUGCUGUGGAAGCCUUUUCGGACUCUCUGAGGCGAGAGCUUUCUCCUUUCGGAAUCAGAGUCAGCAUCAUUGAGCCUGGGGGCUUUGCCACAAAUAUGCUCAAUGACUCAGAACAGCACGUACAGGGUGUGUUCAGCCGAAUGCCUCCACACGUCAAAGAAUAUUAUGGACAGCCAUACCUGGAUGCUUAUCACAAAUAUAUCUGCUAUGUCGGGAAGUUUAGCAGCAAGAACCUCUGCUUGGUCACCAAUUGCAUAGAACAUGCUUUGACGUCUUGCUAUCCUCGUACCCGUUACAUUGCUGGCUGGGAUGCAAAAUUCCUCUUCUUGCCUAUCACCUAUUUGCCAACUGCAAUAACAGAUUACAUAUAUACCUUUGUUUUUCCAAAGCCAGCACAAGCAGUGUAG